CAAUUAUGAAAGCUCUCCUACUCCAACAUAUCGCCAUCUUCAACCUCCAAUCUGCAAAUCAAAUGAAAUAUUUCGUUCACCUAACAAUCGUUUCCUUAUUUAUAGAAUAGGGAAGAUCCGGCUGGUUGGCUUAGUUAGAUGGGUUAUCUUUCAUGUACAGCCGAUUCAGCAGUUUCGAUCUCAGAUUCCAAAAAGAAGAAGACCACUCUUCACAAGAAGAACAAAAUCAACAGUCACGAAGAUUCACAGAAGCCCCUCAAUUUCAUUCAGCAAUUCAGCUACAGCGAUCUCGAAGCCGCCACCAAUGGCUUUUCCGAAAAGAAGCUCCUUGGUAGGGGCAGCCAUGGCCUCGUCUACAAAGGUGUCCUCCCCGGCGGCCGUUUAGUAGCCGUCAAGAAAUCUUCCAGGCCUUCCACUCCGAGGAGGCUUUCUUCGUCUUCUUCAUCAUCCUCAAACACCAACGAAGUAGAGAACGAAAUCGACAUCCUGUCCAGAUUACAAAGCCCAAGAUUGGUAAAUCUCCUUGGUUUCACCACUGGUGACACUCAGGAACGCCUUCUGGUUGUGGAGUUUAUGUCCAAUGGGACUCUAUAUGAUGCCCUACACACCUACCCUCGCCAGCCAAGUUGGGGUCGAAGGGUCAAGAUGGCUCUGCAAACAGCAAAAGCCAUCCACACCCUUCAUACCUUGACCCCUCCGGUUAUCCAUCGCGAUAUUAAGUCCGCGAACGUGUUGAUAGACCGAAACUCCAAUGCCCGAUUGGGCGAUUUCGGGUUGGCCCUGAGAUGCCACAAUGAUGACUAUAGGCUUAGGUCUACCCCGCCAGCAGGCACAAUGGGUUAUCUUGAUCCGGGCUAUGUGACCCCUGAUAAUUUAAGCACAAAGACUGAUGUUUUCAGCUUCGGGAUAUUGCUGUUGGAGAUGAUUAGUGGGAGGAAGGCGAUCGAUGUGGCUUACUCCCCCCCUUCUAUUGUUGAAUGGGCCGUCCCUUUGGUUAGGAGAGGGAAGCUGUUGGCACUGUAUGACCCUAGGAUCCAACCUCCCAAAGAUCUAAUGGUAAGGAAGCAAUUGGCGGUCGUGGCUACAAAAUGUGUUAGGUCUUGUAGGGAAAGGAGGCCAAGUAUGGAGGAGGUUGUGGAAUGUUUGAGCGAGUUGAGUAAGUCAGUCCCACUUCAUUCGUGGAAUGGUCUUACCAAUCCGUGUUUGUUGGCUGAAACUGUAGGGGAGAGGCUGCCCGUUGAGGGGUCAAGAAAUGGAUCGCCUGCGUCUGGUGAAGAUUGGAGCUUUAAUGCUAAGAAAGUCACAUAUAAGCCGUUGUGGGGUUCACGGAGAGUUUAUUCCGAUUUGGGAUCUCGGAGCAAUUUGAUGGAUUUAAUGGCAGGAAGUGAAACUGGCCAGCCCGGUGAUCAAUGACCUAACUUCUUGUGGCUAUUUAUUUGUAGUGAUCAUAUUGUUCUAGUUAGAUUGGUAUUGCAACAAUUUGAACUUUUGUUUGCUCACUUUCAGAUUGUAUUAUCUGUUUGUUGGGCUACAUUAAUAAACAUAAAUUGUGUUUUGUGUUAAAA